GCCCCGCACAGCUCAACACACGCUCUGCGUCAAAGGAACAGGUGCUGCUCGCCAGCGUGAGCCGCACGACACCGUCCCCACGCUCGCGAACAACGCGCGCGCGCACGUGCAGACGACAGCGCGCGCGCGCGCGCACACAGCAUGUCCAUGCUGCCCACGUUCGGUUUCACGCAGGAGCAGGUGGCGUGCGUGUGCGAGGUGUUGCAGCAGGGAGGCAACAUCGAGCGCCUGGGCCGCUUCCUGUGGUCGCUGCCCGCGUGCGAGCACCUGCACAAGAACGAGAGCGUGCUCAAGGCGAAGGCCGUGGUGGCCUUCCACCGGGGCAACUUCCGCGAGCUCUACAAGACGCUGGAGAGUCACCAGUUCUCGCCGCACAACCACCCCAAGCUGCAGCAGCUGUGGCUCAAGGCGCACUACAUGGAGGCUGAGAAGCUGCGCGGGAGGCCCCUGGGAGCCGUGGGCAAGUACCGGGUGCGGCGCAAGUUCCCGCUGCCGAGGACCAUCUGGGACGGCGAGGAGACGAGCUACUGCUUCAAGGAGAAGUCGCGGAGCAUCCUGCGCGAGUGGUACACGCACAACCCGUACCCGUCCCCGCGCGAGAAGCGCGAGUUGGCCGAGGCGACGGGGUUGACCACGACGCAAGUCAGCAACUGGUUCAAGAACCGGCGACAGCGCGACCGCGCCGCGGAGGCCAAGGAGCGAUACGGAGAAAACAACGAAAACGCCAACUCCAACACGGGCGGAGGUGGUGGCGGUGGCGGCGGCGGCGGCGGCUCCCAGCAGAACCAACUCACGUCCCCGUCUCUCAACGGGAGCAAGCACCUCCUGGCCAGCUCAGACGAGGACAAGAGCCCAGUGGGCACCCCGGACCGAGCGCACGUUUCCUCGGGCUCGUCUCACCACGCGGCCGGUGGGCCCGGUUCAAUCCCCUUUCCGGGACUGAGCGGGCUGGGGGCCACAGCGUCUCCGGCGACGGCGGCGGUUCUGCUGAGCGGCGCCGAUGUUCUUCACCAGCACCAUCAUCACCACCAGCAGCAGCAGCAGCACCACCACCAGCACCACCACCAUCAUCAUCAUCAGCAACAGCAGCAGCACAAUCAUCACCACCACCAUCAACAGCAGCAGCAGCAGCACCAUCAGCAGCAGCAUUUGCACCACGGUUUACAAGACUCUCUGUUAAGUCCAAUGUCGUCUGGCAUUGUUAACAUCGGCUCUUAAUUGAUUGAGGCUGGGUCAACAGUAUUGUAUAAAUGUACUCUUUUAAAUGUGUGUGUGUGUGUGUGCACUCUGAUGAGGUCUCUACGUCUCUCUCUCUCUCGUCUUUCAUCUGUUCGCUCAGUAAUCGCGUCUGUACGUGGGAUCGCUUUGUCGGAUUUGCUAGACUCGGGAUACGCCGCUUUUCGACAUCACGGCAAUCGUGAAACGAGCACGUGGCGGCUCACCAGACAGAAGGUGAUGGUGGUGGUGAUGGUCAUUGUUCGUGUUUGUACCUCUAUGUUUGUGUGUGUGUCUCUCUCUCUCUCGUGUAGCCGUUCCGGCCUUUAUAGGUGCUGACGAACAGCACUUGCCACAAAAUAUGUUAGCUCUAUAUGGGGAAUCUUUGUCUUGUGUGUCUCUCUUUCCACCCACGGUUGGCUAUUUGAAGCGACCUCACAGCACCCGAAUUCGAUUCCCGCUCACGGCUCUACCAACGAACCAAUGGCGAUUAUCUGAACCGGUGCUGGGCCUCUCCUAGAUCGACUCAGCCUUAGACGAGCACCAGGUGCAUCGGUAUUGGGGAAACAAAGGCGGCCGGGAGUGGUGCUGGCCACCCCCCCCAAACCCCCCUCGUAUGCCACAGUGCCGGCCGUCAUAGGUGCUACUCGCUAACAGCACUUGCCCAAGCAGUCUGUCAAGGCUACACGGGCAUCUUUGUCUUUGUCUCUUGGUGCCCUCCCGUUGUAUAUUCUCGGUGCCCCUUCACAGCGCUGCUCUCUGAUUGGUCCUCCCGUUCGUCAAACCGCUACGAGGCCCGCUCCGUGUAAUGUAUACGGGGCAGACAACUGCGGUGACAGCAGUUCCCCGGUUAACGUCGAGGAUGCGUUCCUGAAUAUCCAAACGGCGUAAAUCAAAGCGAUUUACGGGGUAAGGUGGCGGUGGUGGUGGUGGAGGCUGAAAAGCGACGUAAAACGAGAAAGGAUGGACGGACGAGGCUGUCAGCGACGUAAGGGAGGGUGGGAGGGUGGGUGGGUGGGGGUGGUCGAGGCGACCAGAAUCUGUGUAUCUCCGUUGCGGCUGUGUGGAAGCGAAGGUUGUUCAAGUUGCGUGAACGCGUUGCGGCGGUCAGGUCAGCCCCGGCCUGUGUGUUGACGCCUGUGCCAUGCAUCGAAACGAUACUGCCAAACGCUUAAUCGUUAUCGCUGUUGUUGUUGUUGUUGCUGUUGUUAUUGUGUUUGUGACUGCGUAUUAUCACAUCACGAUGCACGCGCGCGGACAUUAUUUAGGUUAAACAAAUCCUUAUUGAUAUUUUUUUUAUUCUAAGUUGGAUAAUAACUUGCUUAGCUAUCUCGGCAAAUUUGCACCUCGGAUAUAAAAUAAAAUAAUAAUCUUGAAAACAAUAAUCUUGAA